AUGACCACUGUCAUUCUUUCUCCACCUUCUGGGCCUGCAAACUCACCUCCUACGAUGCCAACGAAUAACAAGAGCGUGCACAUGAGUGUAGCUCUUGACACGACAAAGGAGACAGCGGUUGGAGACACUGACAGUUCUACGAGCGCUUUAGUGGAUAUAGAACUCGAGCAGGAGCAUGACAAUGACGUGGAGCCAGAGGAAGAGCAAUACGAGAACGUCGAGGGAAUUGCCAAUGGUGUCUCUAACGAGAACGUUGUUGCUAUACUGGAACAGCGGCCCAUGAAGAAGCGGAGGCGCGUGUUUUUUGAGUGCGCAGACAUUGUAGAAUUUGAGCCGACUGUUUACACUACGAGUAUCACGUCAGGUGGUGUGCCUGUGGGCUUGUCACUGAAUGAGCGAUCGCGGUCCCGGCGGCGACUGGAUUCGUUUGAGAUGGAACGAAAGGACGAGCGUGUUGGGCGGCAAAGGUACAUGGAGGAGGGCUAUUUGGAGCCGCAAGAGCGUGAGAUUAUUCUGAAUAAUGCGGGAUGCGAGGAUCCGGUGAUAGCGUCGGUGGAAGCCGAGGUGAAUGCUAUUAUUCAGCUCAGACGUGAGUCGAAUGAGGUCGAUUUUGACUUUAUGUACGGCGUCAGUGAGAUGGAAGAUGACGAAGAGGAUGGUGAAGAAGAUGAGGAGGUGUCCACUAUAUUGUCAUUUGCACAGGUUGGCACUGGAGACGAAGUGCAGGAACAAAGCGACGAGAGUCCGGAAAUCAAGGCUGAAAAAGACGCAGUAACGCGCGAUGACCUAAUCUGUUUCGAUCAGGAGGGAAAGACUGCAUUAAUGGAGACUACGGUGGCUCGAUGCCGUGAUGACGAGCCGGAAGCUGCAUCGAUUUAG